ACACAUUUGAGACUCGGAACAAAACUCUCUGCUGGCUGCAGCUCACACCAGCCUCGUGUUCCCGCCGGGAUGCCUCCUCGUCUGACCUCCGGAGAGAAAGUCCCGACACUUUGAGUGAAGUCGCCCAGUGGUUGUGUAGUUGCCUCUGCGGGUCGCUGCCCCCCCUGUGUGUUUAUGUUUGGACGCGCGGCGGUGGGACAUCCGGAAUGGGGAAUCCGUAGGAGCAGACGACGCUCGCGGGCGUGCGGUUGGUAUAGAGAGCGCGAGCGGCACCAACGCGCGCGCGUGCCCCGUACGCACGAGAUGGACUUAAAGAAGACAAAAUUUGGGAGGUUCAUGAACCACAGGGUGCCAGCCAGUAAGAGAUACCAGCCCACUGAUUAUGAACAUGCUGCAAACUGUGCCACACAUGGGUUGUGGAUUCUUCCCAGUCUGGUGGGCGGGUCUGUGCUCUACUUCCUGUCUGUGGACCAAUGGCAUCGUGUGGCUGCCUGGCUCUAUGGCAGCGGUCUCACCGGCCUGUUUGUCACCUCAACACUCUUCCACACUGCUGCCUGGAAAAUCAGCCACCUCCGAAAGGUGGAGCAGCGUUUCCACAUGUGUGACAGAAUGGCCAUCUACUUCUUCAUAGCUGCCUCCUACUCUCCCUGGUUGAUGCUGAGGGAGCUGGGACCCUGGUCGUGCCACAUGCGCUGGCUGAUAUGGGUCAUGGCCUGUGUAGGAUCCAUGUAUGUCUUCUUUUUCCACGAAAGGUACAAGCUGGUGGAGCUGUUUGGAUAUGUGGCCAUGGGGGUUGUUCCUGCUCUGGUCAUCCUGUCUAUGGUGGAUCGUGCAGGUGUCCGUGAACUGGCACUGGGAGGCGUCUUCUAUGUUGUGGGCGUGGUCUUCUUUAAGAGCGAUGGCCUCGUCCCUUUUGCCCACGCCAUCUGGCAUCUCUUUGUUGCAGCGGGAGCAUGCAUUCAUUAUUAUGCCAUCUGGAGGUACCUGUAUUUACCAGGGCCACUGCUGCACACAUCAAGGUGACUAGGCCACCUAAGAUGACGUGAUUUCACACCACAUGUCUGAGGAAAGUGUAUUUUAGUCACAAGACCACUGUGUUUUGACUACAACUGACCUGACUCAUGAGGCGCCACACGGAGAGAUGGUGCUGAGAUGAUCUGACUGUCAGUAUUGACUGCGACAGAUCAGAUGAAAUUCUCCAAAGGUGGGGCCAAAACCAUGGGACCAAACUGUUCAACUAAAAAUUAUUUCAACAUGCUAUAUGAUGAAAUUCAACUGAGUAACAGCCCUGGGUAUGAAUCUCAAUUUGUGUUCAUCAACACAUGGGAGGUGUUUGCACAAACAGGGCUACAUACAACGUGCCAGGUAGUAUAGAUUGCCAAUAUUCAUUUAAAGGAGUAGUUAAACAUUUUGGAAACUAUGCUUAUUAACUUUCUUGUCGAGAGUUAGAUGAGAAGAUUGACAUAUGUGGCUAGCAGCUGGUUAGCCUAGCACAAAAAAUGGAAACGGAGAACUUUAAUCUCUGUAACUGAACAGACGAUAUACAGUCAGCUAGUAAACUCCACCCUUUCCAUAUUCAACCAUAAGUGAUGUGCCAAAAGUAACCACACAGGAAUUAUAUAUUGGUGCUAACCCCCACUUUUAAAUAGUGGAACUCAGUGUCACAAAUUACUCUAUUUUUAUUUUGGUUUUAGCCAUUUUUGCACAGCAGCAAAACAUGAAAAUAUUGUCACGACAUGUCAUGUUUGGAAAGUCCAAAUUCUGUGAAGACGCUGCCCCUGAUUUCAUAAACAAACAUACUCACCAUAGGUUGACAUUUGACUGUGUUAAGCAAUUUGCAGACAGACUUAAGGUCACUAUAUAAUAGCUGGGUGACACACUGACACAAAUUAACAGACACUCACUGUGAUUUGUAUUUGUCAUUAAUCAGCCUCAAAAUAAUCUCUAAUGAUUUUACUGCAAUGUGAUUCAAAUGAUUAAAAGUCUAAUCGUAGAGCUGAUGUCAUACUAACUGUAUUCUGGGUCAAAUGUUAAAUUCUCAAACAAUGUCAAGGCUAUUUGCAUUGAUUAUCUUGUUUAGACGACUAUGACUGCCAGUUGUUUUGUUUAAGUGAUGCACUCUCAACCUUGAGCACUUUUCUAUCAGCAACAGGGAUGAAUAAAAUGUAGAAUUUCCUAAAAGUUUCUGAAUAUGACAGAAUUAACAGACAGGCAUGUUAUACAUGUAGAUUAUAUGUGCACAUUUUUAUACUUCUUUAAACACUGUUUAGAUCAGGUUUUCUCUAACCUUUAGUAGUUCAACUGUUUCUGUUGGCAACAGAGCACUUACUCAGGAAGUAAGCAUUUCUUUCUUUAAAAAAAAAAAAGAUGUAUUUUG